AUGAUGAAAUCGAACACAACAAACUCUUCUUAUCAACAUUCAGCAUACGAUUAUCAUCAUCAUCAUCAUCAUUUUGGUACAACAUCAUCCAAUGUCUAUUCAUCCUAUUAUCCAAAUCAUUAUGUAUCUCAAUCAAAUAUUUCAACUAAAAUUGAAAAUGAUGAUUCAUCAAAUUCAAUUCUGCCACCAUCACCAAUGGCAAACAAUAAUUCACUAAUACAAAAUCCAAUUAUUCUGAAGUUACCAAACAAUAAUAAUGUCGAACAAACAAUAACGUUAACAAUCGAUCACUUAGCUUGUGUAUGUGAAGCUAUUCAACAAAGUGGUAAAAUUGAUAAAUUAAUGAAACUUUUACAAUUACUACCAUUAAAAUCUUCUUCACCCGAUGCUGUUUUAAUACAUCAGCAUGAUAGUAUAUUGAAAGCACGUGCAAUUAUUUUUUAUCAUCAAUCGAAAUUUCGUGAAUUAUAUUGUCUAUUAGAAACACAUUCAUUUGAUGGUCAGCAUCAUUCUGAAUUACAACAACUAUGGUAUAAAGCUCAUUAUAUGGAAGCACAAAAAAUUCGUGGUCGUUCAUUAGGUGCUGUUGAUAAAUAUCGUAUAAGACGAAAAUAUCCUUUACCAAAAUCGAUUUGGGAUGGUGAAGAAACAAUUUAUUGUUUUAAAGAAAAAUCUCGGCAAGCAUUAAAAGAAUGUUAUCGACAAAAUCGUUAUCCAACACCAAAUGAAAAACGUUUAUUAGCAAAAAAAACUGGUUUAACAUUAACACAAGUUAGUAAUUGGUUUAAAAAUCGACGACAAAGAGAUCGUACACCACGAACUCAAGAUCUUCAAACAUCAUUACUUAAUCAAGCUGCAUAUUUUGCUGCUGGUUCUGUAUACUCUCAUGGUUUAUUUGCAACAACAUCAUCAUCAUCAUCGUCAGCAGUAACAAAUAAUUCAUUGCCAUCGAACAAUUCAACAUAUUUGCAUCAUUAA